AUGAGGGGAGAGAUUCAAAUACCGGAGAAAAACAAUCAAAACAACACCGGAAGCUGUGGUGAUUCGCGGCGCAUCAUAAAACGGAAUCUGGAACCUUCACAGAGCCCUAACAUGAUUGCCAACGAUUUAUUUCGUAAGCUCUCAUGCGGUGCCAAGUUUACGAGAAAAAAUAAAUUACCAAUCAAAAGGAAGCUCGAAAAUGGCGAUACAGCGGUAGCACCUAAAGUAAAGUUGUGUUUAAAGGCUGAAACAUACGAUGACGACGAUGAUCCCGGCGUGACCCACUCUGUUGAUAGCAAAAAUGUUGAACACGUAGCAAAGGAUAACGAAAUUAAAAGCGAACCCGAAUCCGACGCCGCGGAAGAUGAACAGCAAAGGAAUCAGAAAAACAAGGGUUCAAAGAAGAAAACAAUGGAUGCUACUAAAAUUGACCAGCAAAAUGUAAGCCGGCUAAACAAACUACGCAAAGAAUUCAAGAUUCAUGUCAAGAAAAGCCGGUACAGCCCGGAGGUGCCCAAUAUCAUCGAAACUUUCGAUCAGCUUAGCACUCACUUUGGUGUGACGAGCCGGCUAGUUUCUAACAUAGCGGCUUGCUACAGCACACCGGCACCGGUGCAAAUGCAAGCCAUCCCAGUAUUGAUGAAAUCUAUUUCGCUCCAUGCUUACGCGCCCACGGGUUCGGGAAAAACGGCCGCGUUUCUCAUCCCCAUCCUACACCAUCUGAAGAAACCGAUGAAGUGUGGUUUCCGGGCGCUCAUAAUCUGUCCAACGCGCGAGCUGGCCAAGCAAAUCCAGCGCGAAGCAUUACGUCUUGGCGAUGAGAUGAACCUGCGGACACACGUGAUUCAAACAGUGGAUGAUCCGAAGCAGAGUGAUUAUAGCUUCAGUAGUGGGCGCAGCUACGACAUACUGGUGACGACACCCAACCGAAUCUGUUACCUGCUAUCGCAAAAUCCUCCAAAAAUCGAUCUGAGCAACAUUCAGUGGGUCGUGAUCGAUGAGGCAGACAAGCUAUUCGAAGAUUCUAAAAAUUCGUUUCGCGAACAGCUCGAUACGGUAAUUACUGCGUGCAACAAUCCGGCCAAAACGGUGGCCCUCUUUAGUGCGACGCAGACACGUGAGGUAAAUGAAUGGGUUGCUAGAAACAUUCCCAGUCGCAUUCGCUUUUCCGUCGGCCUCGCGAACGGGGCCGUUGAGCUGGUUGAACAGAAGCUUCUCUUCACCGGCAGUGAGUCGGGUAAAUUGCUUGCGUUCCGUGAGCUGGUAGCACAAGGCCUGCAUCCACCGGUACUGGUGUUCGUACAGAGCAAGGAUCGGGCACAGCAGCUGUUUACCGAGCUAAUCUACGAUGGGCUUAACGUAGACGUUAUACACUCCGACCGUACACAGCGCGAACGGGAUAAUGUUGUGCGCGCGUUCCGAGAGGGCAAAAUUUGGAUACUCAUCUGCACCGAGCUGAUGAGCCGCGGUAUAGAUUUUAAAGGUGUCAAUUUAGUGGUUAAUUACGACUUUCCUCCGUCCACCAUUUCGUACGUGCAUCGUAUAGGGCGGACGGGUCGCGCAGGUCGGCCGGGGAAAGCCGUUACCUUUUUCACCAAAGACGAUACGGUCAAUUUGAAAAGCAUUGCACAUCUGAUAAAAUCUGCUGGAGGUGAAGUACCAGAGUACAUGCUGCAACUACACGGCAGCUCGAAGAAAGCCCGGGAAAAUGUAGCAAGAAAAGCGCCGAAACGGGCAGCCAUUCGAACGCUGCCUACGUUCGAAUUUCAACAGUUACAACGUAAAAAGCGAUUUGUUAGUAAAAGCAAAGGCAAAACCAAAACAUCAACGAUUGAUAAAAAUGUUCAAAGCAAGAUGAUUGUUAAACGGUCAGCUCCUCCUAAGCAACGUAGGAGCGAUAAAUAA